UAGGAGCUAGUGAGAUAACUAAUACCAAAUCUAAGCCUCAGGCUAACCAGAAACAGUUUUUUUAACCAAAUAACAUUAUCAAAAACGAAUGUAUACAUGACGAAUGUGAUUACACCACUAUAAGGCUGAGAUACGACUUGCUUUGUAUUCAAGUCCUCUGUCAGUGAACAUUUUAAUACCGACCGGUCAAGCAUGGAGUUCUUCGUCUUAACUGUAAACGGGAAAGAUAUUACAACAGCCACUUCUGAGGAGGCGCUAGAAACGUUCUGUGUAACGAAAGAACCAAUCAUAAUUGAGGUUUUGAGAAGUCCACCUAAUCCUACUGUAACUAUCUGGAGUCCAAAUCCCGUUGAUGAUUAUAGUAGUAAAACUGAUUGUUUGGAAAAAAACUGUGCAUCAAACCUUUCUCUAAAAGAAGUCGAAUCAACGGUUUCUUCUAAGCCUAACAACAGGUACAUUCCCGCAUCUUCAAAGCUUCGAGACUCAGCAACGCAAACAGAAUGGAUAGACGGAUGGGAUGAAUUUUCUUUAGAGAUUUUUUGUAGGGCUUUGGACAGGUGGCCUGGAUCAGAAGGAAAAGCAACACUUUGUUCUGAAACCACCAGAUGUCUUACCACAGCUAACAACACACUUCACACGUGUGGAACAAGUACAAAUUUGACUAGAAACAAAAAUUUAACGGACACUACGAUUGCUACUAUAAAACAGGAAUGUAAUGAAAGAGACAGUGGAUUAUGUCGAACAGAUGAAAGCAUUAAACUCGACAGUGAAGGUGAAUUUGUCUGCCGUCCCGAUUAUGAAAAGUCCCAGCGUCCUGAGGACUUGUCAGAUAAUAGCCUAGACCACGAGAUGGAGCUGCUUAGUAAAGAAAUGGAAAAUAUUCAGUUGGAGUGUGAGACACUGAUGAAACGCCACCUGGAACGAGAACAAAUGAUUGAUUUGAAUAGCAAACUUUCUUGUAACCUUAAUGAUCACAAGGGAUGUUUGUUUGAAAAAUUCACAAAGAGACUGGAAUUACAUCAAAAUCAACGGCAAGAUGAAAAGUCCAGCUCGAGCGCUUACAGCACUGGGGAUAGUUCAGCAGGUGGCGUGUCUAGUUCAGAAAACCAAGGGUUAAUGAGGCAAAGUAAGUCACCUGUAUCUUUAGUGAACCCAGCGACAACAGUGAAUGGCGCUCGAAGUAAUCAAAAAGAUCUUGUUGAGGAAAAAGGAGCUGAUAUGGUAAGCAACUCAAGUGUGAGAAGGUCCAGGAGCACGCCACCACUUCAGGAUAGACGCUUUUCUACAGAACAAAGAACUUCCAGCAACGCCGAAUGUUUUUUGGGUAAAACUAUGUACACUAAUAGUACUCAUCUGAAGCACACCAUUAAAGUACAACAGCAACUUCUACUACAGUCUAUACAGAAACAAGACACUACGGUUGGUAAGCAUGUAGCCUCUUUCACGAAGAAAGGACACUGUGAAGAGGCCAGGGAUACUUCGAAUGACCAUUUAAUGUCUUAUCCAGUAUGUGAUCGCUAUGGCGUGUUUUGUUUGCCAAUGUGUGACUUUUCUAAGGAAAUAGAACACAAGAAAAGAUCCAAUGAUCCGAGAUAUGCAAUCAAGCGCUCGAUCAGAAAUCGGAUUCUUAAAGAGAGGGCUCAGAGGAUUUUAGAAGAACGAUGUGGGUUAACAACUGACGAAGACACCAUGAGUGAAAUGAAACUCGGACGCUAUUGGCCAAAAGAAGCCAGAAAAAUUCAUCUACAGCAAUCCAAAGAAAGACGAAAAAGGGAGAGCAAUUUUAAAAAGUUGCAGAACAGAAAAGUUAGUGAUUUUUGUGAGGACUUCGAAAUUAAUCCGAAGUUUAAAACAUUUGCAGUUGAAUCUAGAACUGAACAUGAUAAAGAAUACUCGUAUCGGCAUUCUCCAGUGCUGAGUAGAGAAUCAGGUGCUUUCCAAUUAAGAACAUACGAUUUAUUUUCUGUAACAACAGUUUAAGGCCAUAUAUAUAUAUGUGUGUGUGUGUAUUUCAGUUCACAAGCUCCAAGUCUUUCUAUUUUCAUGGUUUUAAUCAGUUUGUGAAAACGUUCAAGACAUCUUAUGGAAACAUCCGUGCUAUCGUAAUGAUGUCAUAUAGUAAGUCAAAGCCAAAUUCUUGUUACAGACAAGCUGCUAGUUAGUGGUACAUAAAAAGUUUCAAAUAAUAGUUUUAAAAGUACCUUUAGAACACUAAGAUACAUUCUAAAUACAAUUUUGAGUUUACUUCCCCAAUGCUUUAAACGUUUUCAUUAUACAUAUGUUUGGCUAAUGAAUAAUCAGCCUAAAGUUUUAGAAGUUUUUAUCCUCCCAAUCUAUAUUUUUAUUUAUUGAAUUUAGUAGAAUAUGAUUUUGCCUGUUUAUGUUAUAAUUUCAUAGAAUCCGCUGGAAAUACCACUUUCAAUCAAACUUCUGAACAUUUAAUGUUUUUAAUUGUAAAAUUCAAUAUAAAGAAAACCUAAGCAUUGUUCAGUAACUUGUUGACAUUCUGGAGUUAGUGGUUAAAUGAAAAAUGUGAUUCAGUAAUAGUUUCAGUUUUAUCUUAUGCAUUUGUGAUUUUAUGUUCUAUGAUGGUUAUGUUCCUGAAAAUAUAUAAAGUAAAAAGUAGUUAAGUGUAUAUGUCAUGCUUUAGGGUUUAGAAUGCAUUUUAGACUAAGAAAAUGUAAACUAUUGAUGCCCUGGUGGAAGAUUUGAUCCAGCAGUGUAAACCAAGCAUGAAUUGCCCAGUCUUGCCUUCAGUAUUUUUAUCUUGCCAACAAUACAGUUUUGAUCCAGUGGAUUAUAUUAAUUUUCGUCCAGCUGUCUUCGCUACUCAACAACUAUUUUGAAGGAAGGUUUGAGGAUUGAAAAACUUGGUGAUAUAUAUAUAUAUAUAUAUAUAUACGCUAAAACCAAAACCUGCAUGUAUCUGGAAAAUUAGCGUGAAUCACACUAAACGAACUCCCGAGUUAUUUAUACAUUUAGGAUUGUUUGCUGUAGUUUCUUGAAAUUCACACAAAGCUACACGAAGGCUAGUCGUCUCAAAUUUUGAAGUGAUUAAUUAGAGGGAAGGCAGCUAGUCAAAACUACUCACCGCCAACUCGUGAGCUCCUCUAAUUGAAUGGUAGGAUUUGAUGGCAACGGGGCGCUAACUUCGGAUCCACAGUCCUUCAGGCUAACCACAGGGUUCAACCCCCAUGUUUAUGAGUCUCAGAUAUGAUUUUAUACUGGUUAAAGAACUAUUGAUAAAGAAGCUGGGUUUCGAACACUAACAUUGCAGCUGAAAAUGCUUGUGUUGGAACAUAUGUAUAUAUAUAUUUGAAUCCCUUUAGCUUAUUAUGUGUGUAUAAUUGACAGAAAUAUCAUGACGCCACGUCUUCCUUCGAAUGAUAGUCUUUGAGUUAAGAUGUUUGUGCCGUACCUUAAGAAGAACCCUCUGUAUAUAAUUCAGUAUUUUAAGAUAUUGUGCUCUUAUAGAAUGUCACAGUAUAGUUUAUUCAUGCAUAGGCCUUAGACCAUAAUUUCUAGCUAUAUUGGUGAGUGUGUUAUAAAAGUCCAGUUGAAUGGUUAAAGUAACUUUAGCAAUUUAACUAUUAUUAUUUAGUCUGGUAAGUCAGUAAGCACGCUAAGUAUCGUGGCUACAAGACAGUGGUUGUUUUUUCAGCAAAUUUAGAAAAAUUAAAACUGAUUUCUUUAAAAAAUAAUAAACAUGAAACCAACGCCCAUAAAAAUUAAAAUAUCUAUAUAAUAAAUGGGUAUUUAUAUAUUAAUUAUAAUUUAUUUGUGUUUAUAACUAACAGCUGUGUUCAUUAUAGUACUCUGCUGUAUACGUUCAAAAUAACACGUGCUAUUUCUCUGGAUUAAUGUUUCGAUAUUACAUAAACCACAUAAAAUAAAGGUCGGAGUCUUUAAAAAAGAGACGUAUCAAGCUUGUCAUGCCUUUUCAAAGUCUUUGUUUAUUUUAGUUUUAACUCAAAAAUGAAAGAACCAAAUGAUUUAGUUUAAACUAGGCCUAUACCAAGAAAAUAAGUAUGUUAUUGCCAUGGGACUGGCUAUAUGAUGUGUUUAUGAAAACGAUUACUGUGAGACUGAUUAUAUGUAGUUAUGAAUAAUAUUACUAUAGAACUGAGUAUACGACAUUAUUAUCAAUACGAUUACAAUCGGACGUCCUCUGUUGGGACAGCAGUAAGUUUACAGACUUACAACGUUUAAAACCUUCGGUAGACACAACAGAUAGCCCAAUGUAGCUUUGCUCUAAAAUAAAAACAAACAAACAAAUACAAUGGAAAUGAUUAUAUGACGUUCUUAUGAAUACAAUUACAAUGGAAAUAAUUAUAUGGUGUUCUUAUGAACAUGAUUACAACGGAACUGAUUAUAUUGAUAUUGUUAUCAAUACGAUUAAUAUGGGACUGAUUAUAUGAUGU